AUGGAAUCCGAUGGAAUCCAAUGGAAUCCAAUGGAAUCCGAUAGAAUCCGAUGGAAUCCAAUGGAAUCCCGGAAUCAUGGAAUCCAAUGGAAUCCAAUAGAAUCCAAUGGAAUCCAAUGGAAUCCAAUGGAAUCCAAUGGAAUCCGAUGGAAUCCAAUGGAAUCCAAUGGAAUCCGAUGGAAUCCGAUGGAAUCCAAUGGAAUCCAAUGGAAUCCGAUGGAAUCCGAUGGAAUCCAAUGGAAUCCCCGGAAUCAUGGAAUCCAAUGGAAUCCAAUAGAAUCCAAUGGAAUCGAUGGAAUCCGAUGGAAUCCAAUGGAAUCCAAUGGAAUCCCCGGAAUCAUGGAAUCCAAUGGAAUCCAAUAG